AUGUCAGCACUAAAGGUACCAAUUAUGGAAUGGAAAGGAGAGUGGUUUCCAUUUAGUCGAGUUGAACUGGCCAUAUAUGUGGGGGCAUUCGUCAUCAAUUCUGUCGGUCUUGUGGGCGACUCCAUUUUGAUAUGGCUCUUUUCAAAACAUCGGAUGUUGCGAACGCCUCGGCUACUGAUGAUCCUGAACAUAACGAUCGCUGAUAUGGCAUGGGUAGCUCCCGAGUUGAUUGAACAGAUAUGGAAUGGUAAGAGACUGGAUUAUAGUGGAGGAGGACGAUGUCAGGUCCAAAUUCACCAACGUAUUGCGGGAUCUUCUACAGCCUCACGGGGUGGUUGGGCAGCCCAUUACAAAUUAUGCCAAGCAGUGAACGGUAUUCGGCUGGCAGCCAUUCUCGCCAACAUGUCAACAUUUGCGCUCAUUGGAUUUGAGCGAUGGUAUCAUUUAGUGAUGGGAAAGGUUCUUCAUGACAAACAUUAUUAUGCUAUGAUUGCAGCGUCGUGGUUAUACAGCACAAGUUUCUCAAUGAUAUCGCUGUUUGUCGGACCCAAGGGAACUGUUUUGUCUGCAUCUCGAAUGUACUGCAUACCUCCCUUCUUCGACAGGCACUCAGUUCACCGAGCCAUCGGGUUGAUGACAUGUAUUCAUUGCCUCAGCUUUCCGGCGAUUAUGAUGGUGUGCUAUAUCUUCAUCUUCAGAAAAGUGCGACGGACCCGUCAAAAAUUGAUAACCGCUCUAAACCGAUCGCAGACACGAUGGGGCGACAUGGUCAGUAUUCUCGAAGAGGAUCAACAUGAAACGAAGCUGCGGCUGAUGAAGAAGGAGAAAAGUCUGAUCUUGAGCAUUGUCGUCAUGAUGGGAGCCUUUACGCUGGGGUGGGGAACUUACGCCAUUAGCACACUUUACCAAGUAUCAACUGAAAAGGAAUCUCCUGUGUGGCUUGAUAUUAUGGCAAUGAUUGGCAUUGUGGGCUGUACGGCAAUCAACCCAUAUCUCGUUCUCUUCAAUAAUAGAGUCGUCAGAGAGGCAGCCCGAACCUCUUUAGGCAUGCGGCAUCCCACAAGUUGCGACAUGGAAGCUCAAGUCGCCCGAGCAAAUAUAAAAAUACCUACUAGUACCUCAUAAUCAUAACCUUGCGACCUUUUUUCUUACUGUACAGUUAGCUUUAGCAUUUAAUAGUUUCUACUCAUAGGCACUCCCAGUGUCGUGUGUAAUAGUCUCUCAUAUCGAAACCAGUUACAGAGUCCUUGCAACAUGCUGCUGCGCACAGAUGCCCCAUCACC